GUUAGUAGAAACCCGCGUCUAGUCUAAACGGCGUGACCUUAUCGGUUUCUAAAUUUAAACAUUUACCAUCUGAACCUGAACCUGAACCCAUUCUCUCCUUUAACGAGCUUGGGGUCGAGUCCACGAGGUCUCGGCAAGAUGCUCUCCGGCAUCCUAAUAUUCAAUCAAAAAGGCGAGAACCUGAUCUUCCGCGCCUUUCGGAAUGAUUGCCGACCUCGUCUCGCCGACGUCUUUCGAAUUCAAGUCAUCUCCAAUCCUCAGGUCCGAUCACCCAUUCUCACCCUCGGAAGCACCACAUUCAGUCACGUCAAGCACGAAAACAUCUAUUUGGUCGCCAUCACCAAGAGCAAUGCCAAUGCCGCGCUCGUCUUCGAAUUCCUCUACCGGCUGAUUCAGCUUGGUAGGGGUUACUUUGGGAAGUUCGACGAGGAAGCUGUCAAGAACAACUUUGUCCUGGUCUACGAACUUCUAGAUGAAAUCAUCGACUUCGGCUACCCUCAAAACACCGAGACCGACACCCUCAAAAUGUACAUCACUACCGAAGGUGUCAAGUCCGAACGUGCCGCAGAAGACUCAGCUAAGAUCACUAUGCAAGCAACCGGCGCGUUAUCUUGGAGAAAGGCCGAUGUCAAAUACAGAAAGAAUGAGGCCUUCGUCGACGUGAUCGAGGACGUCAACCUCUUAAUGUCCGCUACUGGCACUGUUCUCCGUGCUGAUGUUACCGGUCAAAUUAUCAUGCGCGCAUACCUUUCGGGCACCCCCGAAUGUAAAUUUGGACUUAAUGAUCGGCUUCUGUUAGACCAUGACGGGCUUCAGUCGCUUCCCAGUGGUAAUAGGCUUGGCACCAAAGCUACAAAAGCAGCCGCCGGAAGUGUCACCUUGGAGGACUGUCAAUUCCAUCAAUGUGUGAAGCUAGGCAAAUUCGACUCUGACCGAAUUAUCUCCUUCAUCCCGCCCGAUGGAGAAUUCGAGCUCAUGCGGUACCGCGCAACCGAAAACGUCAAUCUACCCUUCAAGGUGCACGCCAUCGUUAAUGAAGUUGGCAAGACCAAAGUAGAGUAUAGCAUUGGCGUUAAAGCGAACUUCGGCAGUAAAUUGUUUGCCACGAACGUUAUUGUUCGUAUCCCGACCCCAUUGAACACCGCUCGCAUCACCGAACGUUGUACUCAGGGGAAAGCCAAGUAUGAACCAAGCGAAAACAACAUCGUCUGGAAGAUCGGCCGUUUUACUGGUCAGAGUGAAUUCGUGCUAAGUGCCGAAGCGGAGCUCACAAGCAUGACUAACCAGAAAGCCUGGUCACGCCCACCUCUAAGCAUGAAUUUCAGUCUUCUCAUGUUUACUAGCUCGGGCCUCCUUGUACGAUACUUGAAGGUGUUUGAGAAGAGCAACUACUCAAGUGUCAAGUGGGUAAGAUACAUGACAAGGGCAGGGUCUUAUGAAAUUCGAUUCUGAUUAACAUCGUCAAGACGGAAGCGAUCGAGCUCCGUUCGGCGUCUGUCUCAUUAAACCGGCCAUGACAGCCCCCGCAUGACGGCAAUGUCCUAUCUCAAUGACGUUGCCUCGUACUAAUCAUGGCCGUCUUUCAAGCAGAACACCGAAAUAUCGACGAUGUUCAACGGAGCUAACGAUCCUACUGUGAUUACCAUCAUUGUCGGCACUGUCAAUCCAGGGGAAUUGACAGUAGGUUCCUAUAUCAAGUUCGCUCGUGUGACAUCACAAGUGGAAACGAAUAGUUGUCGGAGAUAUAUUAGCAACAAUUUCGAUAACUGUGUACUCAUAACUCCGCGAAGCGGGCGAGUAGCUACGUAGAGUUACUGUGGUGGUGAAGUUGACGAUGCUACUGUCUUCAAGUAUAAGACUACCAAGAGACAAUCAUCCCGCGGAAUUAUAUAUUGUGGAGAGCAUAUAACUCCAAUUCUGCACAACCAAAACCCGAGCAGGAGAUGUAAUUCGAUAUAGAUAAUGUACCACUAAAAUCUGACUAAUAUUAUUUAUAAAAAUAAUAUAUGUUAACUCCGUCAUCGG